AUGUCAGCUAGCACAACACAUGCUCAAAGCUCGUCAAGAGAUCCAGAGCCAAAUCGUCAAUCAAGCAUAAAUUCUGGGCUGGAAGUUGACGACGAUGAGGACGACGUGUUGCUGGACCUCAGCAGAUUACAGAGCUUUGCGAGCCGAGUACAGUAUGUCGCCGCUGAAGAGAAUCAGGCGGGACCGUCUUCCAUUCGUCCUAAAAUGACAAUUCCAAAGCGUGGAGAAAAGGAUUUUGAGCCCCUAGAAGAGACCGUCAACCUGCAGGAUAUGAUGCUCCAACGUAGUCGGGAAGCCUUGUUCAGCGCUUUGCUUGGAGUGCGCGGGGGUAACAUCCAAUCAAUCUCACAAGCGAUAAUACUACCGUCGUCUCCGUAUCCACGAAUACUCACCACCCGGGGUCACCUCAUGGAUUCGAUGGGCAUAUCAAUUUCAGGUCCAGCUGUUAAACCUCAGAAGAGACGGCAGACCCACACAGAGCUUCUCCCAGAAGAGGCUUUGUAUUUAUUAGAGAGAGGGUCACUGCAGAUUUGGAUCCCAAAUACCGCUAAGGUAAAUGGGGGUUCUACUCCCUCGAACGUUGACUGGAACGAUACGGAUUUUGGCUUUGAAGAUUGCAUCGAAAUGAGCGUCAUGCAGGGGUUCUCAUUCUUCUUGGGGAAGGACGGACUGACUUGGGAACGGUACCAAGCUUAUGCUUACCUCAAACGCUUGGGAUACACUGUGCAACGCUCGAGAAGGUUUCUACCCACUCGAUUCCUGGGUGGUACUUCUGAGUCAGCUGCACAGUUGCCUUUGUCCAAUCCAGGCCUUCCUCCGUUUAGAAGUUGGUGGCUCAGCAUACCCGUCGUAUUGCGCCGAUGCUUCGGGGCUCUCGGCACCGUGAUCAGUAGGCUUCUUUGGCACCGUUCGUGGUCUCGGCGGCAGGUCUUGGAGCGAUCAGCCUUGCAGGGCUGGAGCGGCCGAACGUACAGCUCGAUAGGCCUCCAUCUGCAUUGUUCUCAGAGCGGCUUGUCGACCUGGGGACGCGCAAGGAUGACCCGAAUAGCGCCAUCUGAUAGGAUGACCAAUCCGUAUACGCCGUUCUGGCAUGUUUGGAAACCUGAUAGACCAUGGUCAAAGGCUCAAUGGGACAAGAGCAGUGCCGCAGGCCUGGCAAGGCAGCCUUUUGACUUUGCCGUCGCCGCCGUCGACGCCCGAGCUGAGCCACUGCCGAGUCUCGAACAACUUGACGAAAUCUUUGACAGUCUUCCACAGGAGACAGACACAAGGCCUCGGCCGGUGGUCGACGGCGUGACUGCUGUUACGACUACCGCUCAGGCUCCGCCCCAGCCAAACCGCCCUUCACCGAAAGGGCGUUCAGUACCGAGCAUCAGGAACGGAGAUCGCGCUUUUGUCGUUGCUGUCAAUGAUUCCGGCAAUCAAGGCUGGGUGAGAUUCGGCAGAACAGGCUUUGCAUCGAUAUUUGAUGUCUGA